AAUAGCAGUGGAUGUAAACCCUUCAUCCCACUGCCCACCAGAACCAGUGAGCAACCAUGAAGGCCUUCAUCUUCCUUGCUCUCCUGGGAGCUGCUGUUGCUUUCCCCGAUGAUGAUGAUGACAAGAUUGUCGGGGGCUACACCUGCCGAAAGAAUUCCAUCCCCUACCAGGUGUCCCUGAACGCUGGCUACCACUUCUGUGGUGGCGCUCUCAUCAAUGACCAGUGGGUGGUGUCCGCUGCUCACUGCUACAAGUCUCGAAUCCAGGUGCGUCUGGGAGAGCACAACAUUGAAGUCGUUGAGGGCAAUGAGCAGUUCAUUAAUGCAGCCAAGAUCAUCCGCCACCCCAAAUACAAUGCCCGCACCAUCGAUAAUGACAUCAUGCUGAUUAAGCUGAGCUCACCUGCCACCAUCAGCUCUCGCGUCGCCACUAUUUCUCUGCCAGGAACUUGUGCAGAUGUUGGUACCCAGUGUCUCAUCUCUGGCUGGGGCAACACCCAGAGCGUCGGCACUAACUACCCUGAGCUCCUGCAGUGCCUGGAUGCUCCCGUCCUCUCUGACAGUGUUUGCCGCAAAGCCUACCCAGGCCAGAUCACCAACAACAUGAUGUGUCUGGGCUUCCUGGAGGGUGGAAAGGACUCUUGCCAGGGUGACUCUGGUGGACCUGUGGUCUGCAAUGGACAGCUCCAGGGCAUUGUCUCUUGGGGCUAUGGCUGUGCUAUGAAGGGCAAACCUGGUGUCUACACCAAGGUCUGCAACUACGUGAGAUGGAUUCAGGACACCAUGGCUGCCAACUAAGCACAUUUAUCUCUUCCUGACCCAUCCCUGUUAGACAACUUCAUCUUCCUAUGCCUAAAACAGUACCUAAAUAAAAAUAUUUUGUCCUGCACUAAA